CACUGUGUGACGGCUGAGACAGAUUGAUUCCAGGAUGGCAGAGGCUGAAUCUAAAAAAGUUAUCAAGUUAGUUCCAGAGUAUCUUCUGAAGAAGAGGAAAGCAUACCAGGCUAUUAAAGCCACACAAGCUAAACUAGCACUGCUUGAAAAGAGAAAGGUAUCAAAAGGCAAACCACUUAAGUUCAAACGUUUAGAAGACUUCUUAAAAGACAGCCACAGGAAACAUCGUGAUGAAACACGCAUCCAAAGAAAUCGGCACAGACCACCUGCCCCUCUGCCUCCAGCCAAGAACAGGCUGGCGUUUGCUGUCCGAAUCAGAGAGAUUAAAGGUGUUAGUCAGAAAGUGAUGAAGGUGAUCCAGAUGUUGAGGCUGAGGAUGAUCUUCAGUGGAGCCUUCGUCAAAAUCAGUAAGACGUCUGUAGCGAUGAUGAAGGUGGUGGAGCCCUACGUGGCCUGGGGAUUCCCCAACUUGAAGUCUGUUCGUGAGCUUAUUCUGAAAAGAGGACAGGCCAGAGUCGGCCGCAGGAGGAUCCCCCUCACCGACAACAGCUUUAUCGAGCAGCACAUGGGUAAACAUGGUAUCAUCUGUUUGGAGGACCUGAUCCAUGAGAUCUACUCUGUCGGUAAAGGCUUCCGGGCUGCCAACAACUUCCUGCAGCCUUUCAAGCUGUCAGUGGCCCGUCACGCUGCCAGGGACAAGGCUGGGCUCCUGAAGGACCUGGGAAAGCCUGGGUUCCGUGGUACAGACAUCAACAGCAUCAUCAGACAACUGAACUGAGGAAACACACCCAGGACACACUCUGUGCAGCAGAUUCAACCAGUCUUUACUUUCCGAGGAUCAGUUGCCAAUGAUGACAGAAGGGUUUGUUUUGUCUCUCUGGCUGUCGACGCCUCACCCAGACUCCUAUAUUAAACAUGACCUUUUUCUAUAUAUGGUUUGUUUGGUUAUAAUUCCAGUAUGGUGGGAGGCAAAAAGAACACCUGGAAUCAAGAUUGUUGCCUUUGCUGUGUUUGACUUCUGUGCUCAUGAGUGAAACACAUGAUGGAAGCAGUGAAUACUCUUCACUAAUAACCUAACAACAUUUAGAAUCAUCUGUUGAAAUGUCAGAUAUUGUUUGUUUGUUAAAAGGUGUUAUAUUACUACGUUUAUUGUUCCUGUGGUUCUCAGGAACUUAUCGUUAUGUGUGAAGUGAAUUGGUUAAUUAAGGCAGAUUGUCUUGCAAACCUACAGCAGAAUCACACACUGCAAUAACAACGGGAAUUGUAAAUGUUUUGCUUUUGUUUUGUUUUGAUUCACUGUUAAUAUAGUGUAUUUCACAAUAAAAGGAAUCAUUCAGAACUUUUGCAACAAGA